ACAGGCCAUUAAUCUCAUUUUAACUCAUUCCACCAGUGCAGCUGAAAAGAACAGACCAAUAGAGUAGCCCUAACCUUUUCGUUCAUAAUUGAGAAAAUACAUCGUAUGCAGUCAGCAUUCGCAACAGAAGACCACAAUGUGCAAAUAAUAUCUGCAAUUACAUCGAAAUCGAUCUGUUAAAGGAAAUAUGAUUGCCUUUGAUGUUUCCAUCGUCAAUUUCAACUUUACAACUAACUCGAUUAACGUCACUCUGAGAAACGAAUUGAAACAAGAACCGGCUGGAUAUGUUUAUCGACGAUAAGUAACGAAUGGGAAAACAAUGCUGCAAACUCUUCGUGAACGUUCUCAGAAACGCAAGAAACUCCUGGCGCAAACGCUGGGAGUUUCCAGCGUGGACGAGCUCAGGCAAAUCUUAGGAACAGAUGUAGAGGAGUCGCAGAGAAAGAGAGGAAAGCAGUUCAAUGACAAAUCUGACAAUGCAAUUAGAGAUUUGAAAGAUGAUGCUGUACCGACAGACGAAAUUGUGUAUAAAGACUCGUCGACGUUCUUGAAAGGAACCCAGUCGUCGAAUCCUCACAAUGACUACUGUCAACAUUUCAUCGACACUGGUCAACGACCACAGAAUUUUAUCAGGGAUGUGGGUUUAGCCGAUAGAUUUGAAGAAUAUCCUAAAUUGCGCGAAUUGAUUAAGCUGAAGGACGAUCUGAUCGCGGAGACCGCGACGCCACCAAUGUAUCUAAAAACAGACCUGCUGUCAUAUAACUUGAAAGAGCUCAAUUGUAAAUUUGAUGUCAUUCUUAUAGAGCCACCUUUGGAAGAGUAUCAGAGAACAUGCGGCGCGACCAAUGUGCAGCUGUGGAAUUGGGACCAAAUAAUGGAGCUGGAUAUCGGCGAAGUGGCAGCCAAUCGGAGCUUCGUAUUCCUGUGGUGCGGUAGCAGCGACGGCCUAGAUAUGGGUCGGUUCUGCUUGCGUAAGUGGGGCUUCCGUCGUUGUGAGGAUAUCUGCUGGAUCCGCACCAAUAUCAAUAAUCCGGGCCACAGCAAGAACUUGGACAGCAAGGCGGUGCUACAGAGGACGAAGGAGCACUGUCUGAUGGGCAUCAAGGGCACAGUACGACGUUCUACCGAUGGGGAUUUCAUUCACGCGAACGUCGACAUUGAUCUCAUCAUAUCCGAGGAGCCAGAUUACGGCUCCAUAGAGAAGCCUGUGGAGAUUUUCCACAUAAUCGAGCACUUUUGCCUCGGUCGAAGACGGUUGCAUCUUUUCGGUCGCGAUAGCACUAUCAGGCCAGGCUGGCUCACUGUUGGCCCGGAACUGACUAACACCAAUUUCAACGCGGAUCUAUAUCAGAGUUAUUUUACCAACGGACAAAUCACCACUGGCUGUACUGAAAGGAUUGAAGCGCUUCGACCGAAAUCGCCACCGCCGAAGGGGAAGGUGUCCGGUCGUGGCAGAGGAGGCUUUAAUCGCGGCAGAGGCAGAGGGAGAUAAAUAACACUAAAUAUUGUGUAUUUGAAUUUUCGAACGUUAUUGCUACUACUUAUUGCUAUGUGUAAGACGUGUUCGUAAAUAUAAGGAAAAUCA